AUGUCAUCCGAAGCACCGACCGCAUCGACCUGGGUCUCGCCUCCCUCGCGACCCGAACACAUCGAGCAGCUCAUCUCUGGCGUCGACCGAUACAACCCUCAAAACCUCGAUGUCCUGCACGACUACCUCGCUCAGCAGCUCGACGACGGCUCCUACGACCUCCUCGCCAACCUCGCCAUCUUGAAGCUCUACCAAUUCAACCCCUCCGACUUCAACUAUGUCGUCGUCAUCAACAUCCUCCUCAAGGCGCUCGUAGCAGCACCGCUUCCCGACUUCAACCUCUGCGUCUCUCUGCUCGGCGAGGCACCUUUGCCCACUGUUCCAGUCAAGGCCGAAAAGGAAGCCAGCACCGCCAACGCAGAUGACGCCGGCUCGCUCGCUGGCGACGAUGACGAGGAAGAGGUGGUUGAGAAGCCCAAGGACAUCGCAUCUGCCGGACACGUGACCGACCCGUUGAUCGUCCGCCUUUCGCAGCUCAGCACCCUGCUCUUCCAAGCACGCUUCCGCGAGUUUUGGUCAACACUCGCCAGCGAAGCGUACUCGGACGUGCGCGAGUACGCCGCCAAGAUCAACGAGUUCGAGAACGCGGCACGAAGAGUAGCACUCAAUUCGGUCAAAGGCUCGUUCACCUCGAUCAGCGAGAAGCGAAUCGCCAGCUACCUAAACCUCUCCGGAUCGGAGCUCGCCGAGUUCAUCAACGCACAGGAUGGCUGGAAGCUGGCUGAUGGCAACGUCAGCGUGCCUGCUAAUCCGGAUAACGAGAUCAAGGCCACCGUCAUCAGGGAGGAGAUCACGCUCGAUCAGAUGCACAAGUUCCUCUCCCAGGCUCAGUCGCCCCUCCUCCGCGCAUAG